UCCCUCCCCCAAGUCCCACCUUCGCUCCAUAUAAGAUUGUAGGGCAGUGAGAGUUUUCUUUAGCCCUUUCGACCUGUAGCUUUCUAGCCACUUCUUCCUCCAAGCUACCAAACCAUGUCUGCCUUCGUAGGAAAGUAUGCAGAUGAGCUCAUCAAGACCGCCAAGUACAUCGCCACCCCGGGCAAGGGUAUUCUGGCCGCGGAUGAGAGCACCGGCACCAUCGGCAAGCGCCUUGCCAGCAUCAACGUGGAGAACAUCGAGUCGAACCGCCAAGCCCUCCGCGAGCUCCUCUUCACCUCCCCCAAUGCCCUGCCCUACCUCUCCGGCGUCAUCCUCUUCGAGGAGACCCUCUACCAGAAGACGUCCAGUGGGAAGCCAUUUGUCGAGGUCCUCCAGGAGAACAAUGUGAUCCCCGGCAUCAAGGUGGACAAGGGCACCGUCGAAUUGGCUGGGACGAAUGGUGAGACCACCACCCAGGGAUUUGAUUCGCUCGGCGCCCGUUGCCAGCAGUACUAUAAGGCCGGUGUGAGGUUCGCCAAGUGGCGCGCGGUCCUCAAGAUUGGGCCUAACGAGCCUUCGGAGCUGUCCAUCCAGCAGAAUGCGCAGGGUCUCGCUCGUUAUGCCAUAAUUUGCCAGGAAAACGGGCUCGUGCCAAUCGUGGAGCCGGAGAUACUUACCGACGGGAGUCACGACAUCAAGAAAUGCGCUGCCGCCACUGAAACCGUGCUCGCAGCUGUUUACAAGGCGCUGAAUGAUCACCAUGUUCUUCUUGAAGGCACACUUCUGAAGCCCAACAUGGUCACUCCAGGCUCUGACAGCUCCAAGGUACCGGCCGAGGUGACAGCCCAGUACACGGUGACGGCGCUGCGCCGGACAGUGCCGCCGGCGGUCCCGGGGAUCGUGUUCCUGUCCGGGGGGCAGAGCGAGGAAGAGGCGACCCUGAACCUGGACGCGAUGAACAAGCUGGACGUGCUGAAGCCGUGGACGCUCUCCUUCUCGUUCGGGCGGGCGCUCCAAUCGAGCACCCUCAAGACAUGGGGAGGGAAGAAGGAGAACAUCGGCAAGGCCCAGGAGGCGUUCCUGGCGAGGUGCAAGGCCAGCUCGGAGGCCACUCUGGGCAAGUACUCCGGCGGGAGCGCUGGUGGGUUGGCCUCUGAGAGCUUGUUUGUGAAGGGGUACAAGUAUUAGGAGGAGAGAAAGAGAGUCACGCUGGGGGGUUCACUGAUUAAUCAAUCAAAUCACUUGUGUAUCGCAAUACUUUUUGAUCGUUUUCUUUCCUUA